UGGCAACUGCGUCACCAAAGUAGGAAGUUCUAUCAUCUCCAGCCCCCUAAAUACCCGGAGUUUCAUAAAUUCGCCACUUUUGUAAUAACGACAGAAUGGAUUCAAAUACACAACUUCAGGAGGGUGCAGCUGCAGCCGCUGAGUGCACUGGCCCAGGAGCGGACUCCAACACUGCUGAGGAGACGGUGCCGAGUCACCUCCCUGAGAUCCGCCUGGUGGUGAUGGGCUGGAGAUGGCCAGGAAAAAGCCUGACAGGCAACACCAUCAUCGGCCGGGAGGAGUUUCGCCUGGAGCGAGCCGCCGAGUUCUGUGUGACGAGGCAGGCGGAAGUACUGGGUCGACAGGUGACAGUGGUGGACACGCCGGGCUGGUUCUCCUCGCAGGACACUCCGCAGUCCUACAAGCAGGAGAUCAUUCGAGGAGCGACUCUGUGCUCCCCAGGUCCGCAUGCCUUCCUGCUAGUGAUCCCUGUGGGCAUGUUCACAGACGUGGACCGCGCCCGCAUCGAGGAGCACGUCAGCUUGUUUGGGGAGCGAGUGUGGCAGCACACGAUCGUGGUUUUCACCUGGGCCGAGGUCCUGAGAAAAAUCUCCAUUGAGAGGUACAUCCGAAGAGAGGGGAAAGAUCUGCAGUGGGUUCUGGAGAAGUGCAAGCGGAGAUACUUCGUGAUCAAUAAUUGCAUAUUCGGAGAGAACCCCCAGGUGGGCCCGCUAUUUAAACGGGUGGAGAAGAUGGUGGCGGAGGAAGGAGGCCAUUACCAGGCCGAAGGCGUGAAGGAAGAGGACGAGAAGAAACCUCUGGAUGAGAACCAGAAUCCAGCAGCAGGCGAAGCACGGGAACUUGGAGCUCGACCCAAACAGAGUUCUGCACUGAGUAUGGCGAAACUAAUGGAGGUGGAUCCACUUUCCAAUUGAUCGACACUCCUCCCCGAGGGAAGCGAGCUGCAGUCUUGAGACGCCGCAAGAAAAAUCAACUGAUUUCUUCCUGAAUGUUAGCAAACAAAACAUAUUUAUUUUUUUUAUACCCGUUUUGUCUUUCUGACUAAAGGGCUCUCUGGAUCUGGAUGGUGGUUUUGUGUUUUACUCUGCAAUCCUUCAUCUUCUUGUUUUUACCAUGCUGUGUGAGAAUCGGAGAAGCUGUUACCUGGAACUGAGUUUCUGAUACUUUCUGCCCUUUUUUUUCCUCUAGUGACCAAACUGUAAAUACUGUUUUUCAUAAUUUAUUUCGUGCUUCCUCCCUUCCCCAAUAUUGUUGGUGUCUUGUCAUGUUGAUGUUAACAAAAGCACUAUGACUUGUACACCUGUUUGUUUUAAAACUAUUACUGUCAUCGGAUGAGAAGAAUCCUUUUUGAGGUCAUAUU